ACAGUUGCCCCGGUGAAGGCAAGGCGCCAUAGUCACGGUAGUCCUGGCGACAAGAACCAAGCAACGGGAGUCAACAACAACAACAACCUAGCUAAAUCUAAGGAAAAAAACUUCGACUAAAAAGGACAAUAUUGGGAUAAACUAAAGGUGACAAAAUCCAGUGCCUCAAAGCAUAGGUUGCCAUGGCAACUUCUGGAUACUCAGAGGACCUUCAGCCUCAGCAGGCCAACGCAGUAACCAUAGCAACACCAGCUGCCACCACACCCUCGUCCGCAAAAACGGCACACUUCCUGUCCGAGAUCCCACCAACCUCUGGAAACAUUGCAUCGGCUAACCAAUCAGCCGCCGCCUCAAAAACAGGACAGGAUGCACUUUGUUCUCACGCGCCGCCCACCAGCCAGAGCCAGAAGGCAGUGGUUUUGACGACUCCCACGCAGCACUAUGUAACCCCAGAAAUCCAGCACUCUGCCGUCCAGAAAAGUAAUGGUCAGAGCAACUCGCCCCAGUACAUCAUUGUAACAGUAACAGAGGGCUCGGUUCACUCCAAUGAUAGUCUGUCAGACUCCAGCCCUCCUGCUCCAGGUGUUCCUACUCAGGUGGUCCAACCAGUGCAGACCACCCAACAGAGGUCAGUGUUGCAAGCAGUGUCACAGGCAGCCAAGAGGAUUCAGGCUGGCCACAUCAGCAACCUUCAGUCUGUGCACAUUAACCGGGAGGUGGAGCAUGUGUACUCUGGCCAGGUGCAGUAUGUGGACGGAGGAGGAGACGGGACUUUUACCACAUCCACCAUUCGACCAAACAACUACCCUUUCUCCGACUCGCCCCUCUACUCCCAGACCCCUCCAACCUCCUCGUCCUCCUACUAUGAGGCCACGCCCAGCACAGAGUCAGACAUCACUGGCUCUGUGACCUCACAGCCGGUUACUGUGGCAACAGCAGGAGCGAAUAGUGGAGGAGCUGCUUCAGGUGGAGGGGGCUACGUCAUUCAAGGAGGUUAUGUGUUAGGAGGAGGAGGGGGAGCCGCAGCAGCAGCAGGUGGAGGAGGAGGAGGAGCACAGAGUUACUCCAGCCCUAACUCUCGUGCCCCACCUGCUACCGUGCAGUGGCUGUGUGAUAACUACGAGGGGGCGGAGGGGGUGAGUUUACCUCGCUGCACCCUCUACUACCACUAUCUGCUGCACUGCCAGGAGCAGAAACUAGAACCUGUUAAUGCUGCAUCCUUCGGUAAACUCAUCAGGUCUGUCUUCAUGGGACUACGUACACGGAGAUUAGGAACCAGAGGGAACUCUAAGUACCACUACUACGGUCUGAGAAUCAAAUCUGGCUCCCCGCUGCUCAGGCUCAUGGAUGAACAACAGCACAUGGCCAUGAGGCAGCAGCCUUUCUCACAGAAAAACAGUAGGAUAAAGCCACUACAGAAGGCACAGGGGAUCACCAAUGGGACAUCAGGUGGUAUCGGUCAGCAGCAGGCGGCGGCACUUUGUGAUAUUUCGGCACAGGUGCAACAGUAUCAGCAGUUUCUGGAGGCUUCACGGCCGCUACCAGAGUUUGUGGAAAUCGAUCUGCAAGAUCGAACCCUGCCCGACGGGAUCCUUUUAGAGCACCUCAAGGCCUUUCAGACUCUCUACAGAGAACACUGUGAGGCCAUUCUGGACGUUAUGGUCAACCUUCAGUUCACUCUCGUGGAGACGCUGUGGAAAUCCUUCUGGAGGUUCAGCCAGAGCAGUGACACAGAAUCCCUCAACCUGCACAACGAGUCUGAAAAACGUCUGCCCAAAUCGUGCCUGGUGGUGCUGUGUAAGUUUGAGCCAGUGCUGCGCUGGACGAAAGAGUGCGACAACCUGCUCUACCAAACUCUGGUAGAGAUCCUCAUCCCUGAUGUACUGAGACCCAUCCCGAGUGCCUUAACUCAGGCCAUCCGCAACUUUGCCAAGAGCCUGGAGAACUGGCUGACAGGCGCCAUGAUGAACAUCCCAGAAGAAAUGGUUCGCAUUAAGGUGGUGUGUGUGGGCUCCUUCUCCCAAACGCUGCGCCGUUACACCAGCCUGAACCACCUGGCCCAGGCAGCCCGCGCUGUCCUCCAGAACUCAGCUCAGAUCAAUCAGAUGCUCUCAGACCUCAACAGGGUUGAUUUCACUAACGUACAGGAGCAGGCAUCCUGGGUAUGUCAGUGUGAAGACCGUGUGGUGCAGCGGCUGGAGCAAGACUUUAAAAUGACUCUGCAGCAGCAGAACUCUCUGGAGCAGUGGGCUACCUGGCUGGACGGUGUCGUAUCUCAGGCCCUGAAGCCCUACGAGCACAACCCUGUUGCCCUACCAAAAGCUGCCAAGGUCUUCCUGCUCAACUGGUCCUUCUACAGCUCUAUGGUAAUCCGGGACCUGACUCUGCGCAGUGCUGCCAGCUUUGGCUCCUUCCACCUGAUCCGCCUGCUCUAUGACGAGUACAUGUACUACCUGAUAGAGCACAGGGUGGCCCAGGCUAAAGGGGUGACGCCCAUUGCAGUCAUGGGAGAAUUUGCCAGCACAGUGAAGAGCCGAAUCUCUCCGGACCUGGAGAAAGAAGAAGAAGAGGACGACGAGGAAGAGGAGAGCGAGGAUGAGAGCGGGGAUCUCGUGCUGCAGUCCAGCUCUCUGAGCGCGGUUGACGACGUGAAGGACUCGAUGGAGCCGCCGGCCAAGCUACCCAGGACGAGUUUCAGUCUGCACACUCUGUCUGACAGCACGACACCUUAGCCACUCAUUUGUAUGAUUAUCUCAGUUUGCACACACCUUCGCUUUAACAUCAAGUCAUCCCACUCUGUCACCCCGUGUACGCUUCAGGUUUGCAAACAGGUGAUGUUCGGUGUUGAGUGUGUGGUCGUUUGGUGUGUGUGGAGCGCCCUUUGCCAAUUUUGUACUUUUGUGCUGCCAUUCUUUUCCUCUCUGCCUUCACCUGAGAUUUUACAGUCCCUCCCUCGUUCCCUGUGCCUUCCCUGUUUAUCCAGUGGCUCGAUGCCAGCAGCCACUCCUGUCCAGCCUCAGCUGUAUUGUAUACAGUAUAUAUGUUAUAUAUAGAUAUAUUCUUGAUUCCCUGCUGUCCCGCCUUAACCACUGACCUAAUUGCUGUGGAGAAAUGUUCUUCAUUGUAUUCUAAACUCAAAAAUAUCACUUAUCUUGCCUUUGAAGCGACGACUAUGCAGGGGAGCUGGACUUUAAUGAACAGCACUGUCUGAAAUCUACAUUUUUUCAAUCUCACGAGUAGCAUCUGGAAUGAUACCGGACAGUGGAUUUCGUCGGCACAUGGAUGUUGAUCGACAAAUAUUGGUGGACGCCAUAUUUUACGAAUUAAUUUGGCCAAUUAACUGAUACCCUGUGCCUUUGAGAGAUUAAUAGCCUGGAAAAAGAAGCUUGUAUUCUAUAUAUUCUGUAUCGGUGGAUUAAUAAAUGAAGGUCUUGUGAA